ACUGAGAAAAGAAAAGAAAAGAAAAGAAAAGAAAAGAAGAGGGGAUAAAGCUGCCGCGGAAAUAUGGACACACUUGUUGUUUUGUUUUUGUUUAUGAUUUCCUUCCCCCGCAACUGCAACAUGGCAGUCGGUUAGGCGUGUAACGGUCCGGGAUCCGGUGUGAGCGCGCGCCCGAAGAGCGGUCGCGGCUGUCCGUGAAUGCGAACGCGAGACGUGUCGCUUCCCCGCGCCGGUGACACAGAGAUGAGCGGUCAUGCGUGAGCGCCGCUCGGGAUAAACAAGGCAAAGAAGAACAACAACAAGCAUAAGAACAACACACACACACACACACACACACACACACACACAGCAGAGACACGCGCACGACACGGGCAGGCGCGCGAGCGGUGGCACGCGGAGGGAGACCGGCGGGGAGGGCUGCUCCGUGUAUUCCGCGCGUUCUAUGAUCAGAGGCGCUGUGUGCUCGGCGCCAUGGCCCUGAGGUCCCGGAGACCCUGGGUGAGCGUGCUGCUGGGGGUCGUCCUGGGCUUCACCGCCGCCUCCUGGCUCAUCGUGCCCACGGUGCUCGAGAUCGGAGCCAAGCGGCGCAAGUCCACGGCGUGCGCCUAUUACGGCCACGCGGGGGGCCUCGGCAGGGGGCACGAGAGCGCGGGGGGCACGGCAGGCGGCGACGCGUGGCGUGCCGACGCGGACGAGGCCGGCGACGACGACCAGGAGGAGCAGGACGACGAGGACGAGGAGAGGACGGCGGGCAACCGCAGCGCCCGCGGCCACGGAGGGCCGCCCCCGCCGCCCUUCCCCCGGCCCAGGAAUUUCCUCUACGUGGGCGUGAUGACCGCCAAGAAGUACCUGGACUCGCGGGCCGUGGCCGCGCACCGCACGUGGACGCGCUCCAUCCCGGGCAAGGUGGAGUUCUUCUCGAGCGAGGGCUCGGGCGCGCUGCCGCUGCCCGCCGCCGUGCCCGUGGUGUCGCUGCCCGGCGUGGACGACGCGUACCCGCCGCAGAAGAAGUCCUUCAUGAUGCUCAAGUACAUGCACGACCACUACCUGCACAAGUACGAGUGGUUCAUGAGGGCGGACGACGACGUGUACAUCCGAGGUGACAAGCUGGAGUCCUUUCUGCGCUCCCUGAACAGCAGCAAGCCGCUGUACCUGGGCCAGACGGGCCUGGGCACCACGGAGGAGCUUGGCAAACUGGCCCUCGAACCUGGGGAGAACUUCUGCAUGGGUGGCCCGGGGAUGAUCUUCAGCAGGGAGGUGCUGCGCCGGAUGGUACCUCACAUCGGGACCUGCCUGCGGGAGAUGUACACCACCCACGAGGACGUGGAGGUGGGCCGCUGCGUGCGCAGGUUCGGCGGGACCCAGUGCGUCUGGUCCUAUGAGCUCCCUGGCAGGCUUGGGUCAGAGGGAAAGUAUCUGCAUCAUCUGAGUGGAGGUCCUGAGGUGAGGUCCUUGGGAUCCUGAACACGUACUUUGUUUUUCCGUCCCAUGUAAACUCAGUGACAGCAGGCAUGGCUUUCCGUUCUGAGUCACCCCCGUCAAUGUGUCAAACUGAGUGAUGUACACAGAACAAAGUACGCCACAAGGUGCAUUUUAAUCCACCACUUCGGUUUCCAGGAGACCACCACAAUAUGACUACUUUGUCUUUUUUUUUCUUUUUUUUUUUCAAAUUCUUGUACUCAAAUGUGGUAUGCUGUCAGGUAUAUUUCAGGAACUUGUCAUUGCCUGGAAAAAAUAUGAGCACAAACUGUAUAAUGCAGACCACCUACAUUCGGCUUCACAGGGUUUUUCUUAUGUAAUAUUUUAUUAUAAACAGAGAAUAGAGUGGUAUGCAUUGUGGAAUAGUCUGUGGUCCUGUCCACCUCAGAAAUUCAAGCAUUAGUACCUCUCCAUCACAUGCAUCAUGUGGCUCCUGCCAGUGCCGAAAAAACUACAUUUCUGGAGGCUGCAGAGAUUUUCUGGUCAUUGAGUGCAUGGCGUGUUGUGAAUGGGACUGUAGAUUUAUUUAGAGGGGUAGGUCAGCGUUAUGAUUUAUGGCACUGUCUGGAGUGAGCAAGGGGGCACUGGGGGUGCAUGUUAAUGAGACACUCGGCAGGGGCAGCAGACACACCCUCGGGAACAUUUGAUCUCUUCCCUUCCUACCCCAAGUGCAGGUUGACCAUUUUCAUUUCGUUCACCUCUGUUCCCCUGGACCCUCAUGAUACCGGGUCUAAUUUGAAUUGCUCCAGCAGGAAGCAUGGACUCAUACCCAAACCCUCAGCCUUGGGUGUUUGGAUCUCCCUUAAUAUUUUUUCCUUCCUGAAGCGGUGAGCACAGGGCAGAUGCACUUGCAAGAGACAUGCUGUUUCUCCAUUAGGAUCCCUAGCUUGGCAAUGCCUUUUCAGCUUUGUAUGGCUGGCAUCCGGAUUAAUGAAACACAGAUUGUGGGCCAGAGACACACGACAAACCGCAGGGAUGUAUUUCAGGUGUACAAAUCUAAUCCAUGUCCACUGCAGUGCCUAUCACCACUCAUAACCAGAGGAAAACCAAUUUUCAUGCGAUGCCCAGACCUGUCCAUUAUUCAAAAUUUGGGUUAUAAUAAUACCACCUGCAGACUGCCAGUCUCCUGUUGGAGCUUGCUGACAUGGCAGAAAUUUUCAUUAAAUUUAAAAUACAUUAUUAUAUAUUUCCUUACAGCGUCACUUAUUUCAUACUGCUGCAGUGACAUCCCAAAACAGACAGGUAAUGUAGUGUUCAGAGCUGCUGCCUUUGGACACAAAGGUUACGGGUGUGGAUCCCACCUGCGACUGUGGUACCGUUCAGCAAGAUGCUUACCCUGAAUUGCUCCAGUAAAA